UCUAUUUUUUCUGUUCCUUGAAAACACAGCUCCCACUUCUUUCUUGCUCUACCUCUUCUUCCAGAGAUGGAGCUCUCCAUCCUCACGGCUACCCAGCAUCAGCUACGCCCCAAUCCUCCCCUCAAAUCUAUCUUUCGUCCAUGCUUCAAUCCCUCCAAUGGUGGUGGCCAUUCUCAUCCCUUUUCCCUUGCAUGGAAGCAUACAUUGCUCUCGCUGCCUUGUCGCUGUUCUAUCUCCGAACGCGUGGAAAAUCCUGCUUUGGUUUCUUCACUAGAUUCAUCAACCUCUGGAAGAAGAUGUUUGCUUGGUUCCUUUGUUAUUGCUACAUCUGCGUUGCUCAACAUGUAUGAUGUAGCUGGUGCUGUUUCAACCAGCAGAAGAGCUGGGGGCAAAGGUUCCAGAGAGUGAAUUUACUACAUUACCAAAUGGUUUGAAGUUCGUAAUUCUCCUUUAGGUUUUCAUGCUGAUAAUCUAUUCUUGUGAAAUUCAAGUAUGUUACAUGCUACUACAUCUAUCGCCCUUGUUGAAAAAGAUUAAGGAUUUUUUUCCCCCAAUCAUACUACCCUUUCAUGUAUUUUCAGUUUGCUAGUUUCUUUUGUUGCUCGAGUGCUGUAUUUUCUUCUUAUGAUAAAUUGUGGCAUGUAUUUAGGUUGAUGUUUCAUUCUUUUUCAUUAUUUUAAUGUCUGAUGUUUUAAGAGAGACCAAGUAGAAUGAAAAGAUCUUAUAGUUGUAGGCCUUAUGGAACAACCAUUUAAGUGAUGUAGCUGGUUAGUUUAUAUUUUAUGCAGUUGCUGGAUUUUGUAUUACGCUGACAUUUUGUUGGUUCAUAGUUAGAUGGAAAAUAUGCAAUCUUUGUCUAGGUAAUUAUUGGUAUAUUAGGUUUUUGCACCCUAAAUGGUGAAACCAAAGAGUAAUUACUCUUGAAGAUCCUUGAAAAGGCAUGGAAAGAUUUUGCAACAGGCUCCUUCAAUAGGAGCGUGGAUAAAAGAGUGGAACUUUUGCCAGAUGAAACACAGUUAAUAAUUAUAAUGGCAUGGCAAUUGUUGACAACCACUAGCUAGGAAUGAGUUCCCACACCAAAUAAAGAUCUGUCUUCAAUUCAGAACCCACAAAAUAGUACUUCAAAUGAUGCUCAAUUAAUUAAUUAUGCUACUCAGUAUGAUAGUUAUUUGCAUGGACCUCCAUAAGCAAUAAUGAAAUCCUCUUGAAACUGUAAAUACUAACUCACUUCGGUGAAAUUCUAUUGCAUAAAACAUAUAAUUUUCUUGCAGUUACACCUUCAAUAUAGGGGCACAUGUCUGUGAUCUAAGGAAAUGGGAAAAAUAGAGGCAGAGUGGCACUUCCAUGAAGUUGUGAGGAAGUUGAAUGUAGUCUCAGUAAUGGUGUCUGUUAUGAGGGAAGUGAAACAACCAUGAAGUAAAAAUUUAUGAACAAUUACUACGUCCCUUGAGUUCAAAAGGCUUUGUGUCAACCUUUGUGAAGUUUUAUUAUUCUCAUCUUUUCUUAUCUUGUUGUUAUCGAGUGUUUAGUUAUCAGACUCUUAGUUCAUUCUUCAUUCAUCAGGAGCUUGAGAGACAUGUCAGAACAUGUUUGGCAUUUUGCGCAUGUAAAGUGAUUGUAUAUUCAGUAGUAUUGUUAUUUACAGUCCGUAUGCUUGGUAGUAUUAUUAGGAGGCAAUAUCUUUUGUUUAGAAAUGGUUUGUCUAUAAAUUAUUAAUCUGAUCUUAUAUGAGUGGAGGUUUUAUUGCAAUAGUUUGGUUAAUUGCUAUAUAUUGUCUUCUCUCUUCUUUCUAUGCCUCUAGUCACAUAGUCAAUCUU